AACGAAUAGUCGAGAGGGACGUAAUAACCGGAAAUAAAUAAACCAGCUGUAGGAACACCCAUCACGAGAGGAACGCAGAAUAACAAAGCACAUAUAUGAUAUUUUAUGUUUAUCAGUCUUUACAUGUUAUGUUAGAAACUAAUGAGUCUUUCAGGGAAAAUUUUCAAGAAGCGUGGACCAACAAGAGAUGAGAUCAUACGAGAAACUAAGAUAAAAAGAAAGAUAUCAUCAGAGUUAUCUUCGGCAAUAAAGUCUCUACAACAAGAGCAUUGUAGUACAGGGGAAGCAAUCCUUAGUUCUGACACAGCUAACCACGUGUGUAAUAUAUUAGAAGCUGUAUUCUUGCAUGGAUUAAAGAAUUCAGUGGUAAAAAAGCUUGGUAAAUACGUCGGUCUACAAAAUGGAGAAAAUGCAGACCAAAGCAUUAACUUUUGGAGUUUUGCUACUAAGUUUACACAUAAAGAUACGACAGCCCAGCUGACAAGACUUGGACAGAUUACUACAGAAAUAGGAUUAUGUAGGGCAUGGAUACGAGUGGCAUUAAAUGAUGGUAUAAUAACCAGUUAUGUAGAUGCCUUGAUGGCGGACAAAAAAACUUUAAUGUAUUUUUAUCAUGGACUAGCUUAUUUGAAUGAUUUUGAUCAGCAAGAAAUUUUUAAAUCUCUUUUAAAAGGUUUAAUGACAAUAGAAUUUAAAUUAUCUUACAACUCAAGAGUUUUAAAUUCCUGGACUAACACACCAUUGAUAGUAGCUGGAAUCUUAGAAGUUGAUGAUACACCAUUACCUGUUGUACAGUCAUCUGGGAAGCAUCUAGAAGAAAAACCAGUUUCGAGGACCAAGAAAACCGAAGACACCAGUGUUAAAGUCAUUCAUUCAAAUCGUAAAUCUGGACAUGUACAUGAACCAAAGACUCCACCUAAUACACCAUUUAAUGCAGGAAAUUUUGCCCAAGGUUUUACAAGACAAGAUGUUGAAAAUUUAAAACACUACACACAGAGUUCAUCACCUCCAGACACGGAGUACUCAAGUUCAAGUCAUAUUUCUUGUCCAGAUCCAGUCAAAUACAACUUAAAUCCAGCAGUUUACGUUGACCAUGAUAACAAGGAAGAUACUAUGUUUACCCUUAACGAAGAAGAGGAUCAAACUCAGGAUUCAUUUAUAGCAGAUGACAUUGAAUCUGUGAUAAAACGCUCAAAUGAAUUAGAACAUAGGAGACAUAGUCCCGUAAACUUAAACAACAUUGACUCUACGAUAAAACAUUCAGAUGAAUUAGAACAUAUGAAGAUUAGCCCUGAAAAUGUUGAUGACUUUAAAAAUACUUUUAAUGGUUUUAAUGAUAACAAGCCUCCUGAUAGGGGUUCCCUGUCAACAUCAAAUUCUCCUGUUCAUUUUAGUCUAGAAAAUGGUGAUGAAAUACCUUAUAGGCCUAGGGACAGGGCAAAUGCACAAUCAGAAAGUUUUUUAAAAAUUGAACAAAAUUGUUUUAAAAGUAAUGAUAGUGAUGUUAGCAGUGAUUUAGCACAUAAUGUUGACAUGGUUGAAGGGUUUUCACCAGAACACAGCCGUGAAGAUCAAAAUGCUAGGAUCUUAGCUGAUAUACUUGGUGACAAAAGUAAUUUGAAUCAAGAAACGCAAUCUAGUCCUGACCAAUCAGAUUCAGGCAUUGCAGACAGUCCAUCUUCCAUUUCAGCAUCAGCAACAACCAGUCCUGUAUCUUCUGGUGUAAAAAUUAGAGGCAAAAAACAUAAUUUAAAACCUGAUUUUUGUGCUUCAAAACAUGAAUCUGCUCCAGAAAUGUCUCCAGCUGUUGCAAAUUCAAUUGAGACUUCAAAAAUGAAAUUUUCAAAACAUCGAUAUUCUUUGCCGAUUAUAAAACCUCUUCGUAAUAGCCCUCAGAGUUCUACCUCACCAUUUAGAACAAUAGAGGAAAGUCAAACAUCUCCCAGACCUAGAUCAGAGAGUGAUAAAGCAGAUGAGGUAGGAUUGACGUCGCCCUCUAGUGUUGGUAAUAGUUUAGGGGCUGCAAGUGGAUGGUCCUCAUCAUUUCAGUUGGAAGCAGCAGAUACCAUAGAGCCCUUACCUGAGUCCAGAAACAUUCCAAACAGACCAAAAGCUGAAAGUUUUGGUUCACUGCUGAAGAAUUACACACCUUCAAGUUCUGUUACCUCCCCUUCUUUGGAAGAUGUCUUACAAGAUUUACCAGAAUCAUCAGAUAUGUCGCCACCACCUCAUCAAAUUAACAGGAUAUAUGAAUUAGAGGAUGAUACCGUAUUAAUAGAAGGCUAUUAUGAGAUAGCGCCAUCUAUGUCAGACGUAAUUGCCCAAUCAAAAUUGGAGAUAAUAGGAGAGAUAGCCAAUGAGAAGGGACUUGAUGCUCAGAACUAUCAGUGUAAAGGUUGUACCAGACCUGUAGGAUUGAUAUAUGGUAAACCUAGAGUAUGUACAUUUGAUGCAGGGUACUAUUGUUUUGAAUGUCAUGAGAAUGAUGAGUAUUACAUUCCGGCCAUGCUGAUUCACAACUGGGACUUCAGAAAACAUCCAGUUGCCAAAUGUAAUUUCAAGUUUCUGCUGGAUGCCGAGGAUCAAACAAAAAUAGACAUAUCUAAAGUCAAUCCUAAACUUUAUGAACAUGUCAAGGAAAUGGAAGAUCUCAGGGUUCUAAGAACCCAAUUAUAUUAUUUAAAAACCUAUUUGUUUACAUGUAAACAAUCUAUAGCAGAUGAAUUUAGACAGACAUUAUGGCCUAGAGAGUAUAUGUAUGAGAAUAUUCAUUUGUAUUCACUCAGCGAUUUUCUUCAAGUGCCUUCAGGAACCUUGCUUACCAGUCUUAAGAAAGUUAUAAAGUUUGCCAUUAAGCAUGUGUAUGAUUGUCGUCUGUGUAGUCAGAAAGGUUAUAUAUGUGAACUGUGUAAUCAGACAAAAGUUAUCUACCCUUUUGAAGUGGAAUCUACUAUCAGGUGUAAACAAUGUAAAUCAGUCUUCCAUAGAACCUGUAAAACUGAAGGUAAACAGUGUCCCAAGUGCCUCAGGAAACAACAGAGACGGUCCCAGGUGGGAAGUGAACCAGAAACACCUGACAGCCAAGAUUAUGCUUAUGUUCCCCAGUAACAACUUGCAAUAGCAAUUAGAAAUUUGCAUCUGAUUUGUAAAACUUUGAGAAGUUUUUUUUAGUCAGACUCACAAAUUUUACGGUUGUACCCAUGUGAUACACUACUUUUAGUUGGUCUUUGUAUCAUAAGUUAUUAUGGGAUUCAAUUCAGUUAGUUGUGUGGAACUUAUUAAGACUAGAAGGUGCUAGGAUAUUUUACUUCAAAGUACAUUUUAAAUUUCCAUGACAACCCAUCCUUUCCCUCUGUGUUGUGGGUCAAACAAUCUGCUUUUGCCUGGUACAAGCUAGAUGCUUUUAUUUUUGCAAAAUUGUUCUUAAAACUUUACCUGUGCAAUGAUAAUUUAUAUUUUAAUGAUACCCUGUGCUUUCCAAAAGAGAAUGAUUGACAAUAUGAGGGAAAACGGAUUACAAUUUAAAUUUGUUAUUGUAGUGCUUGAUACUUUGGUACAUUUCAGAUAAAUGUCAUAUUUUGAUUUUUCAGGUUGAUAUCUAUUUUAAAUUAAACCCUAUUGGCAUAAGAUAAAUCUUUGCUCCCUUUAAAGGUCAAAGUAUAAAAAUUCUUAUUUUUAAUAAUUUAAGCAUGUUUAUCAAGGGAUAGUUUCAUCUCCUUUCUGUGUCCAUUUUAAACAUUUUACAGGUGAACACUUGCAGAUAUAAAUUGGAUUAUGUAUAUAAAGGUAGCUAAUUAAGUUUUAUAUUGCCCCCUUUUAUAUACUUCAACUGAUUAUUGAUUUUAACAUUUUUUUUUAAGGAGAACUAGUCAAUGGUUUGAUGUUGCCCUUUUGAAGAAAAAUAGCAAUGUAAGAUUUUAAAUUGGCUUCAUUAUUUAUAUCUAUAUUUAGUUUUAGAGUUGGUGAAUUUGUUUUUUACAACUUGAUAAAUAUGAGAUACAGGGUUUUUAUCAUUGAAAUUUGUUUAUAUAAUUGCUUUCUUUGUAAAUAAAAAUGUAUUUUUUACCUAUAUUUAUAUGAGAAAACUUUGUGAUCAAUCAGAAUAAAAUGUUUUAUGCUU